CUCCACACACAGACACAAUGGUUGCCACGAAGAAGAAGGGCGGCUCUGAGUCGAUCAACAGCCACCUCGCGCUGGUCAUGAAGUCGGGCAAGUUCUGCCUCGGCUACAAGCAGACCCUCAAGGCGCUCCGUGCCGGCAAGGCCAAGCUUGUCCUGCUCUCGUCGAACACUCCCCCGCUUGUCAAGUCGGAGCUCGAGUACUACUCGAUGCUCGCCAAGACUGGCGUCCACCACUACGACGGCACCAACAACGACCUCGGCGCCGCCUGCGGUCAGUACUUCCGCGUCUCGAUGAUGGCCGUCAUCGACGAGGGUGACUCGGACAUCAUCCAGUCCAUCCCUUCGGAGGCUUAAACCGAACCCAACCUAC